AUGAGGAUAUUUUUAGAGAAUGGUAUGCUCAUGAAGUGUCUAUUAUAUAUGGAAUCAAAAAAGCUUUGUAUCAUAGAUAACUAUAUAAAGGCUACAGUAAAGAAGCGUAUACGUUUAUUGUGGAAAGAUGUGAAAGGAAUUCUAGGAUCAAAUCAAAAAGGGAAUACUAUUAUCUAUGAAAAUAAAAUGGGUACCUUUGAUCUUAGCAAUUUUCAAGUAAUACUGGAUUGCAAUGAAUAUUAUAAAUUAUAUAUGAUGAAAAAGAUCAAAAUUAUGGAACACAUCCUUUAA